GGAGAUGUGACGAUCCUGGCCAACCGUUCGAAGUUUGUAGAUUUCACAGUACCAUAUAUUGCAUCAGGUGUUAAAAUGGUAGUACCAGUUAAACACGGGAGGGAUCAAACCAUGUGGACUUUUGUUAAACCCUUCAGUUGGGAUCUUUGGCUGAGCAUAAUCAUCAUCUCUACCUUCAUAGGGCUUGCCAUACUCAUCAUGGAAAGAAACGUGAACGCUCUGCCUAAUCAAGAGGGUUCUCCAAAUCAAAAAAAGCUUUGCCCUGCAACCAUCUUGUGGUUUCCAUUAUCACAAGCCAUUCUUCCUGAAAGAGAAGUAGUGGUAAAGAGCUGCUCAAGAUUUGUGCUGAUGGUUUGGCUUCUACUGGCGUUCGUCCUCAUGCAAAGUUACACUGCUAACUUGACUUCUAUAUUGACCUUAGAUCAACUGCGACCCAGUUUUCUGAACCUUAAUGAUAUAAGGAGAAGGGGUUACUACGUUGGAUACCAGUCUGAGUCUUUUGUUUACGAUGUCUUGAUUGACCAAUUUAAGUUUGACCCAUCCAAACUAAGGCCGUACAGAAACAUUGCCGAGUACCAUGAUGCUCUAGAGCUUGGAAGCCAAAAUGGGGGUGUUGCAGCUAUAUUCGACGAAGUUCCCUACCUUAAAAUUUACCUUCAAGAAUACGGAUCCAAUUACGUUAUGUCUGGCCCCGAAUAUAGAAAUGCUGGGUUUGGUUUUGUAUUCCCGUUAAAUUCCAAUCUCACGGCUUACUUUUCGACAGCAAUCCUGGAUGUGAUUGAAAGUGGAAUAAUGAAUGAGAUUGAGGAAAAAUAUUUUGGAAAGAAUUAUAUUGGAGGAGAAGUUUCGUCUGGAGAAAUAUCUUCUGAAACUCUCAGUCUCAGCUUUCAUAGCUUCUCUGGGCUUUUCUUUAUUUCUGGGAUUUCUACUUUGUUAGCGUUAUUGGUUUCAGAAAGAUUUAUUUGGCAAAGGCUCAUUUUGAUGGCUAAAGCAUUGACUGAGAUUAUGUCCCCAAUUCCUCUUUUCAAGAAGAAAACACGUACUCAUCCAAUUCAUGAUUCUACUCAUGGAACGGAGGCUUAAGACCUUGUCGAAGAUA